AUGGGCUUAGGCUGGAGCAGCGCCGAGGAGCGGCAGCCGCUGCUGCCGCCGGCCCCGCCGCAGCGGCGGCCGCAGCAGCCGCGGGGCCCGGCGGCGGCGGCGGUGCCGGUGCGGGUGCCCGUGCCCGUGCCGGUGGCGGUGCCGGUGCGGCGGCUGGCGCCGGCGGCGGGCCGCGUCUACGGGCGGCGGUGGCUGGUGCUGCUGCUCUUCUCGGUGCUGGGCUUCGCGCAGGGCCUGGUGUGGAACAGCUGGGGGCCCAUCCAGAACUCGGCCCGCCUGGCCUUCGGCUUCAGCGGCUGGGACAUCGCCCUGCUCGUCUUCUGGGGACCCAUCGGCUUCGUGCCCUGCUUCUUCUUCAUGUGGCUCAUGGACAAGAAGGGUCUGAGAGUAACUGUGUUAUUAACGUCAUCCCUGAUGGUAUUGGGAGCUGGCCUAAGAUGUGUUCCGGUUUCAGACCUAGAAAUAAGGAAGAAACUGAUUCACGGAGGACAGCUGUUAAAUGGCUUGGCAGGGCCAACGGUGAUGAACGCUGCACCAUUUCUUUCCACUACGUGGUUUUCGCCGGAUGAACGUGCCACGGCAACAGCCAUCGCGUCGCUGCUCAAUUACCUGGGUGCUGCUGGGGCGUUCCUGGUGGGACCCCUCGUCGUUCCUUCUCCUAAUGGAACAUCCCAUCUCCUCCUGGGGUCCAAAAGCAACACGGAGCACAUCAAGGACCGCAUUGAGGCUGUACUGUAUGCAGAAUUUGGAAUGGUGUCCUUGAUAUUUUCUGCAGCGUUGGCCUACUUCCCCUCACGCCCUCCAUUCCCUCCCAGCGUGGCUGCAGCUAGUCAACGGCUUAGCUACAGGAGAAGUUUUUGUAGACUCUUAAGCAAUUUCCGAUUCUUGAUGAUUGCUUUAGCCUAUGCUAUACCACUGGGUGUUUUCUCUGGCUGGUCUGGUGUUCUGGAUUUGAUAUUAACACCAGUUCAUGUAAGCCAAGUAGAUGCAGGCUGGAUUGGAUUUUGGUCCAUAGUUGGAGGUUGUGUUGUUGGCAUAGCAAUGGCAAGAUUUGCAGAUUUUAUCAGGGGCAUGCUGAAAUUUAUACUGCUGCUGCUUUUAUCUGGAGCAACAUUAGCAUCAACCUGGUUCACUCUCACCUGUCUAAAUACUGUCACUCAUCUGCCUUUAACCACAGCUACACUGUACACAUCCUGUAUUUUGUUGGGUAUAUUUCUGAACAGUAGUGUACCAAUAUUCUUUGAGCUCUUUGUGGAAACAGUCUACCCUGUUCCAGAAGGAAUUACCUGUGGAGUUGUUACCUUUUUGAGUAACGUGUUUAUGGGAGUGCUUCUGUUUUUCCUCACAUUUUAUCAUACAGAGUUUUCCUGGUUCAACUGGUGCCUCCCAGGGUCGUGUUUGCUCAGUCUGCUCCUCAUUCUGUGCUUCCGGGAAUCCUACGACAGACUCUAUCUCGAUGUGGUUGUCUCAGUUUGAUAACGCAGAAUUGGUGAAGGUUUAGAAGAGACCAGAAGUCAGUUUUGCAGUCUGCACAUCUGCCUGGAUUUGCACAGCCACACAAAAGAAAAACCAAGAAAUUACAAGACUUACGAGUGGCUUUAUUAGCGAGAAUGAGGGAAAGGUGGUUUCUUGUGUUCAAGGCUUGAUUGUGUUCACACCUUGAUUUGUGUUCGUUACAAGGCAGAUAAAUGUGGAACUUGCGGGGCGGUGAAGCUACCUGAAAUGCACAAAUAGAAUAUAGCUGAUGUCCAGGUUCUAAGGUCAGAACUUGGGUUCUUUAUUUAAAAGGCUCUUCAUGUAGCAGUGAAAUGUAAAAUUGUGUGUGUGUGCGUGUGCGCAAACUCAAGGUUGUAUUAGAUGUCUGUACACACCGGGGUACCAGUAGCCUUUGAGUCUUCUAUCAGAAUAGGAAUAGUGAAUAAUCUUAAAAGAAAAAAAAUGGGAAAAAAUCUUUUUUUUAAAAAAAAUCUGUUUUAAAUUGCUAGUUAUUUAUGUAAUGAAUGUCCAUUAAAUAGUUAAGCGGAAACAAUUUGGUGCUUGUACACUACAUUUACAUUCUAAUAAAGUUAUUUCUGAUACAA